AUGAAAACUUUAAAACCAGCUAAUAACGGUCAAAGAAAUACUAUUUUAAUUGAUUAUCGGCAAAAACUUCACUCCGAAGUCAAAAAGUAUCCGCGAAAUUUGUUCAAAAAAUUGUCCUCGCACGCAGGAAGAAAUAACCAAGGCACAAUUACUACUCGCCACCGCGGAGGCGGCCAUAAGAGAAAAUAUCCAACUGUUGAUUUCAGACGUUAUUUAAAAGAUAAUAUUGAAGGAAUAGUCAAGGGGCUUAAAUAUAGUCCUUAUCACACCUCUUUUCUUUGCUUUGUCAGUUACCGCGACGGUAGCAAUGCUUUUAUUCUUGCUCCCGAGGGGUUAAAAGUUGGUGAUAAAAUUUUAAGUGGUGAGAAGGAAAAUAUCCCUAUCCAAACUGGAAAUAAUUUGCCUUUAAAGUUUAUUCCUGCGGGCACCUUUAUUCAUAAUAUUGAACUAAAACCCAAAAAAGGUGGUCAAUUAGCAAGAAGCGCAGGAAAUUAUGCGAUUGUUCGUGGUUCUGAUGAGGACAAAAGAUAUAUCCAAGUUAAAUUACCCUCCAAAGAGGUGAGAAAAAUCUUGGCUGAAUGCCGAGCAACUAUCGGAAAAAUGAGUAAUUCAGAAAAUAAUUUAGUGAGAAAAGGAAAAGCAGGAAGAAAUCGUUGA